AUCUACUUACAAUAAUUAACGACAGUAAGUGUACCAAUCGACUCUCUCUCUCUACCCACUUUCUUCGCAGCUUCCUCUUCUAAGCGGGCGGAGGUCCUCGGCCGUAUCAACCCACGCUGAAAUGGCCGAUAGCCCGUCUCAGUCGCCGACACCUGGUCCGGUAUCGGAAACCGAAGCGACGCCGCAGUACUGGUGUCACCACUGCGAGAAACGUGUCUCAAUUGAAACCCUAGCUAAUCAAUCUGAUGUUAUUUGCCUUGAGUGCAAAAAUGGUUUCGUCGAAUUAAUCGCUGCAACGGCAACCGCACCUUCUGCUACUCCUUCGUUCACAUCAGACCAGGAUGACGAGUCUUCUUUUGGAUCUCAAUUCCUUCAAAUGAUUCGCAUAAUCGCGCAAGCGGCGCGUGAUGAGGACGCUCCCCCUCCUCUUCCGCAGGAUUCUCAAUCUAACGACGAUUUUCUUAGGAUCGAGCUUAAUGGAUGGGGCAACGAUGAGGACGACGAAGACGAUGAUGAUGCCGACGGCGCAAACAACGAGAAUGAAAACGAGAACGAAGAGAACAGGGGUGAAGGAGAGCGAGGUGAUAGAUCUGAUAACGAGAAUGAGGAGGAGAACAGAGAGGUAGAUUAUGAAGAAGACUUGAGGAGACGGCGGCGCGAUAUUCUCCGUCUUCAGAUACGUGAUAUUGCGACCCGAGCAAGAAGUGGGCGUAACCGGAUCCUUGAUUGGGCUGAGAUUCUUAUGGGACUGGAAGAUAACUCCAUCGAAUUUCGCCUUGAAGUCCCCGAAACAGAUAGAUACAUAGGUAAUCCUGAGGAUUAUGUGGAUGCCGCUGGAUAUGAGACGUUGCUUCAGAAUUUAGCUGAGAGCGAUAAUGGAAGGAGAGGGCCUCCACCUGCUUCGAAAUCUGCAAUUUCCGCAUUGGCGACCGUUGUGAUAACAUCUGAUAACCAAACUGAAGCAUGUGCUAUAUGUAAGGAUAUGGUUAAUGUUGGUGAAACCGAGACUAAAUUGCCUUGUGGGCAUGGCUACCACGGGGACUGCAUUGUGCCUUGGUUAGGUUCUAGGAAUUCCUGCCCUGUUUGUAGGUUUGAAUUGCCGACUGAUGACGUGGAGUAUGAGGAGGAGAGGAAGAAGAAAGGCGCCGCAGGAGCAGCAGCUGCAGGUUUGGGUGGAGCCUCAGGUUCUGGUGGUAAUAGUCUGUUUUCUGAUUGAUUGGUACGUUUAAAAACCAGUUCAAAAGAAAGGAAAUUACUCCGCGUAGUUUAAAUUGUUCAUGUAAUUUUCGUUGUUUUGCUUUUCGUGGAUUAGAUAAAGUUGGAUUGACUUCCAUUUUCGCAUUAAUGUAAAUAAUAUUUUACUUA